ACAACAUAUUUCCAAGCCACAAUCAUCAACACAUUUUCAAAAAUUCUAAUAUAGCUUUUCACUUUUGAUUUCUGUCACAGGAAACCUGCUGAAAAGUAUUCGUUUUACUUCAAAAAAAGACUCUUAUUUAUACAAGAAUGGCCAUUCGUCAAAUUCUGAGAAGAUCUUUAUCAAGCGAAAGAAGGUCGGCUGAAGUUCCAAAAGGGCAUGUUGCCGUGUAUGUUGGGGAGGAUGAAAAGAAGCGUUUUGUGAUUCCAGUAUCAUACUUGAACCAUCCCUCGUUUCAAGAAUUGUUAUUUCAAUCUGAAGAAGAAUUCGGAUUCAACCACCCUAUGGGAGGCCUCACCAUCCCUUGCAGUGAGGACUUAUUUGUAGAUUUCAUCUCUGGCUUCAGCAAAAGAUGAUGAUGUUUAGUAGGAUCAAAUAUUUUGUAGAUUAGAAGAUAAUGUAUUCAGUGAAACUAAAUUAUGGUACAUGAAUGAACAUACAUGGCAAAUUCUUAGCCACUUUUUGAUGCAAAA